AUGACGCGCUGCAGUGAUAGUGGGGAGGACUGCACAGAGAAUCCAGACAGAAACCAGAAAAAGAGAAAGAAAAGGGGGAAACAUGUGUCGUUCCCUCCUGAUGAACAGAUAGUGUCCGGCUUUGCAGAGGAUGCAGGCAGAACAGGACAGGGAUUGCGUCAGAAUCUCAACAUUUCUUUUAAGAAGCUUCAUGCUGGAAUCCCACAGCUGAACAAGCAGGGUGUGUGUGGAGGAGGCAGCGUUGAAUGUCUGGAUCUCAAAGGUGAGCGAUUAGACCACCGCUCCUGUGAAGCUCUGGAAGUCGUCCUGAAAUCGCUGCACUUUGAUUUCAUCAAUCUGCAGGCAGCGCAACUGGAGGAAAAUGGAGCAUCGUCCUUGCUGGAUAUGAUUUUGUACUAUGAAUCCACAACAUAUCUUGACAUUUCUGACAACGGCAGUAUGGGAACAUCAUCUUGGAGGGCCCUCGCUCAUUUGAUAAAGCAGAGUGUGUGUCUAUCUAGACUGGAUGCUUGUAACGUGUGCCUGGUCGACUACCCGGUUCAGUCUUUAUCUAAAGCUCUGCUGACCAGCCGACUCCAAGUGCUCCACCUGAACAAUGUCCAGCUCAGUGGCUCAUCGCUGUUCACACUAGUUUGCGCCUUGAAGACAAACAGAGCUUUAUUGGAGCUCCAUCUUUCCAGCAACCAGUUGAACAGCUACCAAGAUGCCAUGCAGCUGGGAGAUCUGCUGAGAUACAACAGCACUUUGCAGACGUUGGAGCUCAGUGACAAUGUUUUAGGAGAUGCAGGAUUGGAAGAGUUGUGUGACGGUCUAUCCAGACAGACAAAAGGUUUGAAAGUCUUAAUCCUCAAGAACAACCAGAUCACAGAGAGAGGCAUGAACCACCUGGCCAAGACUCUGCCAGGUCUGAAGAUCCUGGAGGUCCUGGAUUUAGGGGACAAUCACCUGGGGAACGAGGGCAUCCAGGUGAUCAGGGAGCCACUGAUGGUGAACAGUUCGCUGUUGCAUCUCGGCCUUGCCCAGAGCAACAUCACCUGUGAAGGUGCUGUGGCACUGGCCGAGUUCCUUGCUGAGAGUCGUCUUAUUCAGAGGCUGGACCUCCAUCAGAACCGAGUGAAGCUCGGAGGCUUGAUGGCCCUCAGCCUGGCGCUGAGGAUUAAUUGCUCUCUGUCUCAUCUGGGUGUGGAUCCCAUACCCCCACAAGAGCUGGAUGAGUUCCUGUCAGAGACUCAGAAGAGGCUUCAAGCAGAGAUCACCCAGCGCUGCAAAGCCAACGCCAGCCGGCUCCAGAGAGACCCGUCUGAGAGAUGAACAUGGAGUGAUGCUCAUAUCUGAAAUUACAAGAAAGAAUCUAAACAUCUGACUGAAUCGUGCACAUAUACAAAUAAUAACUCCACUAAAAGUAAUGAUAACAUAUUCCUAAUGUUCCCACUGAGCCAUUCAGCACAUAAAGAUAUUACUCGUAUGUGGAUGGGCUGGAAAAGAGGAAUCUGCCCAAUUAUACUUCUCUUUUCUGUGUGAUACAUUCUGGUUCACAUAAUUAUAUUAAAUCAGAUUUAAUAACCAUUGAGCUAAACUGUAGUGUUCCUAAAAUUCAUCAUGAAUGGUCCAGUUGUUCUUCUCCAUAGUUCGGUCUGAAAUGUAAAAAUGCUCAGGGUGAAAUGCAACAUGUUUUUACUGAAAGAUAGCGAAAGGUUAACUGAGAAGGAUUCACUGUUUCUGGGCUUUAUAAAAGUUUGAGUACAUUAAUCUCAAAACAGCUGCAUUGAAACCUAAUAGUGGACUCAAAAUUACUCCUUCCAAUAAUCUGUCCAAUAGGAAAACUGAUGUUACUGAUAGGUUUAUUUGUCAUAACCUGCAAAGAAUCAGCCAGAGACAGAGAUUAGGUUUCUUUUAAUUUCUUUUCUGCAGAA